AUGGGAAUAAAAACUCUUUUGCCGUUUGUAAAAGAAGCUACCACCAGGGUAAAUAUAAAAGACUUUGCUGGCCAGGUUUGUGCAGUCGAUGUGUCGUGUUGGCUUCACAAAGCGUUGGCUGUAAGCUACAAGGAGUUUGGCGAUGAUCGCAGGUUUGUAUUUUAUUAUUUACCGUAAUAAAUACAGUUUAAUUUCUGCAUUAUUCAGUCGCCAAAUUUGUAUAUUUACCGUAUAUGCGCAAUCUGCUUACAACUGUAUUGUUAUUGUAAUUACUAUAUGCAAAUUUUUAAGGGUUAUUGAUAUAUGUGAGUCUUUCCUGAGAGUCUUGAUAGCAAACGACGUGAAGCCAUAUUUUGUAUUUGAUGGCUUGCCUCUUCCCGCCAAGCAAAGAGAAAACGAACAGCGUACCAGGCAAGAAUAUUACUCAUACAUUUACAUUGCUUAAAUUAUACUUGUAGAUGAAAUAUGACUGUACGAGCUCUUCACUUCUUGGAUAAAGUGUGCCUAAAUACUUUGGACGUAUUUUUUCUAUAGACAGAGGAGCAAAGAUCGUGAAAAUGCAACCUAUUUCACAAUACUAGGUGAUGAAAUUGCUGCAAAGAAAGCCUUGGCAAGAGCUGCCGAAAUUAGCAAUGAAUUAGUAAGAAAGUUGAUAAAUGUAAGUUUAAACGUAACAUAUGCGUACUUUUAACAAUGUAAAAGGACUUUACAUACUUUAUAAUUCUCGACUUUAUACAACCGGCCAUUAUCUCGUCUAGAAUGGUGACCAACAUGGUCCCCAAAUUAAUUGUCUUUAAGGGAUUGGACCAUUGUUUAUCUUGGCAAGUCAAGAAUAUAUACUAGCUGCAUGAGCAACAAUCGUCUGGUGUUACAAACGUGUGUGUCACGAGCUUUCCCCACCCUGGGAGCCCCGGCUGGGGGGGGGGGUGACCAUGCAGACAACCAGGUAUGGAAGUGACUUUGAAAAUAAUAUAGCUUGUGGGAUGGGAUAUAGUGUGGCAUUUUAAAUAAGUUUUUGCAAAUACCCCACUAUUACCAUUUACCUGUGGUCUGCAGGGAGGGGGAAAGACGAUGAGACAUGCAUUAAAAUGGGAGAUAUGAUACCGGCAGAUGGUUGUGUUACUGCAACUGUCAAUGCCAGUUAAUUGGGUUAUAGGAUUUGUUUUGACAGAUAUACAUAGUCCAUUUUGACAUUUAGAUUUGUUGUGAAAGAGACAUUCCCUAUAUAAUGGCACCAUAUGAAGCAGAUGCCCAGAUUACCUUCCUUGUAAAUAAAGGAUAUGCUGAUUUUGCUGUAUCUGAAGACUCAGAUUUGCUUGCAUAUCAGUGCAAAAAGGUAUAUGUGUAUUUUUAACAAUUUGCCAUAAUAAAAAGAAAUGAUGGCAUGUUGAUCUACCUACAAUCCCAGGCCUGCUACAAUCCUUUGCAGGCAGCAAGCAUAAAUCUGCAAAAGAGUGACAAGAAAAACAGGCAAUGACAUGAAACUUAAACCGAUAAGUAUAACUGACAUCUUGUCUAUUGUGUGUUAUUUAAAAAAACAUUUGACUGUUGUUUUAACAUUUCCGACUGCAAUGCACUGUGGGUAAAUCAACAGCCGCCAUCUUUUUUAUUACGGCGGAUUAGAUUACAAGCUUGAGAUUUCUAUAUCAGGCGAUAGUUACAGUACUAUCACAUAGAAAUCGAGAGCGAAUAAUAUUUUUUUUUGUUAAAAAAAUCCAGUAAGAAAACAACAUUUCAAAAAGUUUUUACUAUUUUACUUGUGAUAAACUGGCAAAAAAAUGUGACGAAGAGAUGGUUUUUCACUACUCACUAUCUAUCAACAAUGCAGCAUUUGCAUUAGGACUCAACUAACUUUUUACUAAAUAUAUAUAGAAUACAGUUAUUUUUUAUAGUGCUGGAUAAUGGAUUCAUCACUGGGGAGAACCAGAUUUAAUUUUUUGCACAUGAAUAAUAGACCUUUUUAAGCUUGUAGAAUGGGGCAUUCCAGAAAACAUCGAUACCACCCCCCCCACGGAGGAAAUACGAAGUUAACACCCCUACCCCCUUCGGAUGUCCUAAUACAUUUACUAUUAUCAGAAACAAUUUUUUCUCCCCUCCCCCUCCGGACGGCAGAAAUUUCCUCCGUGGGGGGAGUAUGGAUCUUUUCUGGAACGACCCAAUAAAUUAUUUAUUAUGAUAUUUCAGGUACUGUUUAAGCUACAAACAAAUGGGACAGGUGACUUUGUGGAGCUGGAAAAAGUCUUGAAAUAUUUAAACCUAAAUGCAGAUAAGUUCACUGACAUGUGCAUUGCUGCUGGCUGUGACUACCUUGAUAAUAUUCGAGGCAUUGGAAUUAAUAAGGCCAAGAAAAUUGUUUCCGAGAACGAAACAUAUCUAAAUGUAUUGCAGACCUUGAAGUUUGCUCCAGCUGCCUACAGCAAAUGCUUUGAACAAGCUCGGAUGGUUUUCCAUUUUCAAACAGUCAUUGAUCCAAGCAUAUGUGAGACUGUCCCAUUAACUAAUGGUGACACUAUGGACAAUGAAAUUCAAUCCAUUUGUGGAGAGUAUCCUCUUGUAGCAUAAAAUAUGAAUUUAUUCUCAUGAACUUCUGUUUUUCUGGUAGAGUCUUUAUCCUUAACAGCAGUAUUUAGCUUAUUAUCUAAGCCAUUUGUCUUAGACUUGGCUGCUGGAAAUAUCAAUCCCAAAAAUCGGGAAAAGAAUGGGUCAUUUGAUCAUGUACCAAUGAGACAGGUAAAUUUUUUGGAAUGAACUGAAAAAGUGAGUGCAGUGUGCAUAUAUGUAGUUGUGCAUAGUGAAACGUUUUUAACUCCCAUGAUAAUUAUACAAUACAGAUAUUGUCUGGAAACUACAGUAUGCAAGCAUCUGCAUUGUGUAACAACAUUUCGUGUUGCAUGAGACCUCUUCACCAUGAUUAUUACAUGAACUGUUUGAAAUUUGUCUUAUUUUGAUUUUGAUUUUUCCAUAGUGUGCACAGGGACGCCGGAACUGGGGGGGGCAGGGGGGGGGGGCGGCUGCCCCCCUUGCCUUUUGCUAGGGGGGGGCAGAAGUGCCCUUUUAGUUGUAAAAUAUUAUGUGAUAAAUCAUAUUUUCAACGAUGCUUUUUGUAGGAAAAUCAUGAGAUUCAGGCAGUUUAUAGGAUAUAUUUGACUUUUGGUAUGUCUGGAAAAAAAUUUUGACCCCAUAAAAUGGUACACUGACCGAAAUUUUUUUGGCGACGGGGGUGUGUGGGUCGCCCAAAAUUAUCAUUGAAAAAUAAUUUUCCGGUAGAUUUUGAAGUUUUGCUCUAUGGAGGUGCCCUUGGUGUGCGUCCGCCCCCCUUUGCCUUAUUAUCGUUCCGGCGUCCCUGAGUGUGCAGAUGAACACUUUGUUCAUUAUGCUGCUUGCUUAUUUAAUCAAUUAACAAUCUAAAGACAGAGUAAAACACUAAGUGGGGCAAUUGUGGCACAUUACCAAUUAUACACCAGCAGAUAUUGUACAUGAAGUUUUAUUCACCCAGUAGCUGACAGUAUUUAAUUACUGUAAGUAAUUGAAUACUGUCAGUUAUUGUUAGUUCAUUCAUUUGGCAGUUAAUACUGCAGGUAUUAUUAUGUGUGUUGAUGUUUUUUCAGACCUAUAGAUUAUAUAUAUAUAUUAGUACUGUAAAGAAAGCAAUUGAUGCAUCAACACGGAACAUAGUGUAAUGUCAUAGAAAUAAUAGAUAUCUAUUAUUUCUAUGUGUAAUGUGUAACAUAUCAUUAAUUUGUUGUGCAAUGUUGUUUUGAAGGUACCUACUACUUGUGAAGACAGUGACAGCAAGCAAGUUGCUGAUGAUGAACCACAUGGUAUUGCUUGUUCUGUUAACUAUUGUCACUUUUGCUUGUAGGAAAAUGUAUAUAGCUUUGUAACUAAUGGAAUAUAAUAUCCUAUAAUGAAUGUAAUAAUCUUUCAGUAAAGAUUUACAUUUACAAAUUCUGGUUCAUUUUUAGAAGUUGUAGUGGACACAGUAAAUACACCAUGGGAUAUUGAAAUCAUAAGUAUUGAUGAUGCCACAUUGCCGUGGACUAUCCCAGACUUCCCUGUUGUGACAAUAAACUUUAAAAAAGUUACAUUCAAGCAAGGAGACAAGAAUAACACUGGCCUGGUUAAUGGUGCUGAAACUUUUGCACCAACAAAAUAUACAUGCACAAAACAUUGUACUAUUAAGUUGCAUGAUGAAGAGUACACUGUUCUUUGGGAACUAAGACCUUUAAUUCAAAAGAAAACAUUAAAGAAAUCCACAACCGCACGUGAUGAAAGCACCAAACCAGUUGCCAAUAAGGAGUAUCUCAACCAAGUCCAAGAGAAACACACAUUGGCAUUCAAGGUUCUUGGAACCUGCUUCUCCAAGGAGAGACAAACAAAUUUGGAAAUGGCAUAUGAAUGCAUGGAAAGAAACAGACAUGUUUUUAUUGACCUUGUUCCCGAACCCGAGAACACACAUGACCCAAACGCAAUUGCUGUAUGCAUCAUGUCGCAGGACGACUUUGAAAAGGUUGGAUAUAUACCUCGAGAAUUAACUGGUUUCAUACAUCCCCUUAUGCUAACUGGUGAUAUGGACGUCUGUGUGAAGAGUAUUCGCUUCAGAACCAACUAUCUGCGAGUUGGAUAUUAUCUUACGAUAAACAUCACAAAAACAGGACUUUGGGAUGAUGCUGUUGUCGCAGCGUGCAAAAAUAUCAGAUAG